CUUCUGAAAACCAUCUCUGCACAUGCUAGCCCCAGGUCAGGCUGCAGACAACCAAAGGCUAUUCCAAGGAGAGAGCCUGGAGCCAGAGAGAAUGACCCCGGGGACCCAGAGACCCCCAUCCCAGGUCAGAUUGCAGAUGACCAAAGGCUAUUCCAAGGAAAGAUACUGGGGCCAGAGAGAAUGGCCCCUGGGACCCAGAGACCCUCAUCCCAGGAGUCGGUGACAUUCAAGGAUGUGGCUGUGGACUUCACAGAGGAGGAGUGGCGCCUCUUGGACCAUUCUCAGAAAGAGCUGUACAAGGAGGUCAUGCAGGAGAAUGUCCAGAACCUGCUUUCUGUGGGAAUUCCAGUCUCUAGAGAAGAUCUGAGCUCCCCUUUCCAGGAAGGUCCAAGGAGCUCCUGUCCAGAUGUAGAGACCAGGUUUGAAGUGAAGGAGAUGCCUACCAUGGUGACUACAAUGACUACAAUUUCUAUGGAAGCAUUUGGCCAGCAUAGAUUUGAGAGUCAUGGUGCUUGUACCUUCAGUUUGAGAGAAAUCUGUGACUCUAAUACCAAGGUGGAUAAAAAUCCUAAAAGAAUCUGUGAGUUUGGUGAAAUUCGAGAGAGAUUCAUACUAUCUAAAGUUCUAAAUAGCAGUAAGAGAAUGACUUCAUGGAAUGACUCUUUUCAGGACAGUGAAGAUCAUAAUAAAUGCUUUCCUAAACAACUGGAGGCUUUUAAGGCUCAGGAGAAAUCUCUUGAAAUGCAAAUGUAUCGAGGGAGUCAUCUGGAAAUGAACAUGAAUUUGAAUUCUGAUGUCAUUAGAAAUCAGAAAAGUUAUAUUGGAGAAAUGCUUUAUGGAAGUAAAAGAGGUCAGAAAGCCUUCAAUCAGAACUCUAAGCUCAUUACUCUUCAGAAAUCUCACAUUAGAAAGGAGCCUUAUGAAUGUGAUCAAUGUGGAAAGACUUUCACACACAGCUCACAUCUUGCUGCACAUCAGAGAAUCCAUACUGGAGAGAAGCCUUAUGAAUGUGAUCACUGUGGAAAGGCUUUCACAUUGAAUUCCAGUCUUGUUGAACAUCAGAGAAUCCACACUGGAGAUAAACCUUAUGAAUGUAAUCAGUGUGGAAAGGCUUUCACACAGAGCUCCAAUCUUGCCGCACAUCAGAGAAUCCACACUGGAGAGAAGCCUUAUGAAUGUGAUCAGUGUGGAAAGGCUUUCACACACAGCUCCAAUCUUGCUGCACAUCAGAGAAUCCACACUGGAGAUAAACCUUAUGAAUGUAAUCAGUGUGGAAAGGCUUUCACACAGAGCUCCCAUCUUGCAAAGCAUGAGAGAACCCACACUGGAGAUAAACCUUAUGAAUGUAAUCAGUGUGGAAGGGCUUUCACAUUGAAUUCCAGUCUUGCUGAACAUCAGAGAAUCCACACUGGAGAUAAACCUUAUGAAUGUAAUCAGUGUGGAAAGGCUUUCACAUUGAAUUCCAGUCUUGUUGCACAUCAGAGAAUCCACACUGGAGAUAAACCUUAUGAAUGUAAUCAGUGUGGAAAGGCUUUCACACAGAGCUCCCAUCUUGCAAAGCAUGAGAGAAUCCACACUGGAGAGAAACCUUAUGAAUGUAAUCAGUGUGGAAAGACUUUCACAUUGAAUUCCAGUCUUGUUGCACAUCAGAGAAUUCACACUGGAGAUAAACCUUAUGAAUGUAAUCAGUGUGGAAAGGCUUUCACACAGAGCUCCAAUCUUGCUGCACAUCAAAGAAUCCACACUGGAGAGAAACCUUAUGAAUGUUAUCAGUGUGGAAAGGCUUUCACACAGAGCUCCCAUCUUGCAAAGCAUGAGAGAAUCCACACAAUGUAAUCAGUAUGGAAAGAAAUUCAGAUGCACCUCAGAUCUUGCUGCACAUCAGAGAAUCCACACUGGAGAGAAACCUUAGGAAUAUAAUCAAUAUGGUAAAACAUUCUGGCAAUAAUCUUCUCUUAUUUCCCACAUGAGAAUUCAUAUUAUAUAGAACUCUUAUCCCUAUUAUAAAUGAGGAAAGGCAUUCACCUGUCAUUUAGAGGUUGCUCAAAAUUAGAGAAUUUAUUUUUAUGAGCAGCUCUUUAUGAAUCCAUUGUGGGAAGGAUUUUAAUAUGCUCAAGGGCAUUUGUCUCAGGGGGGUGAUGAGUAGACAACAACAUUGAUACUGGAAUGAAAGUGUGUUAAACAUCCCAAAUUUCAUCCUGUUUAUCAAACCCUAUAAAUGUAAUGAGUCAAUAAGCAUUAUUAAUAAAGAGCUUGCUAUGUGCGAGACCCUGUGCUAAGCUGGGGAUAGAAAGGGAAUAGCACUUGUAUCCACUGGCAGAGGCCACAUUCUAAUGGAGACAAAGGAAGAAAGGUACAUCCCCAAUGUAUAUGUCACCAAUGGGAAAUAAUGAUGAAGAGAAGGCACUAAUGAUGGUGGAGAUACGGAAAAACCUCUAUGGGAAGGUUGGUUAGCAGUGGGAGGUUUCUUGGAUGGAGUGGGUAGUAUGGAGGGAUGAAUUUGGGUAUGAAGGGGAUCAGUCCACUAACAUUUCUAAGCAAUUUUUCUGCCAAAGGGGCCCAGGACACUCACAUUCCCUCACCUCUCCCUCUUCCUCUCCCUGUCCCUCUUCUUCUCCCUGUCCCUGCCCCUUUCUCUCUGUCUCUGUCUCUGUCUCUCUGUCUCUCUCUCUGUCACAUAGAGAAACAAAGAACCCCAAUGUCCCUGGGCUCAAAAAGCUUCUAUUCUCCCACAGAACAGGGAGAGGAAGGACAUGUGUGACAGCAGAAGUUGGCUCUUCUUGCUGGAUGGAUGGCAGAAGGUCAUGGGGGGGGGCAGGGAAUUAUUGCAAAGGUAGAAAAGGGGCCAUUUUGUGAAGGUUUUAAUUCUGUGCAAUUGGGUAUCUGCCUGAAUGUGGUUGGAGGGAUUGAAGCACUGAGUUCUGAUGAAUCAAUGCCCAUGUGUCCUUUUCCAGGGUGCUCUAAGAAAGACAUCCUUCCCUCUUCAAUCCCUCAUUGUUGGACCAUCCCUUGUUUUAGGUCUUGUGGGUGUAACGAUUGGAAUGAUGUCACCUGCUGGAGACUUACUGUAGAAAACCUCUGCCAUGAGGAGAAGACCUCUGAGGGCAAGCCAUGUGGUCAAGGUCUUUGGU